AUGGUGGAGGGUGAAAGGAUAGCAGCCCCGGCUAGAUGUAGUAGUCCCAGAGUUAAUGAUCCCAGGUCAGUUUAUAUUAUACAGGAAGUAUUAUUAAAGAGAUGGAGUAGUCCCAGAGUUAAUGAUCCCAGGUCAGUUUAUAUUAUACAGGAAGUAUUAUUAAAGAGAUGUAGUAGUCCCAGAGUUAAUGAUCCCAGGUCAGUUUAUAUUAUACAGGAAGUAUUACUAAAGAGAUGUAGUUGUCCCAGAGUUAAUGAUCCCAGGUCAGUUUAUAUUAUACAGGAAGUAUUAUUAAAGAGAUGUAGUAGUCCCAGAGUUAAUGAUCCCAGGUCAGUUUAUAUUAUACAGGAAGUAUUACUAAAGAGAUGUAGUUGUCCCAGAGUUAAUGAUCCUAGGUCAGUUUAUAUUAUACAGGAAGUAUUAUUAAAGAGAUGUAGUUGUCCCAGAGUUAAUGAUCCUAGGUCAGUUUAUAUUAUACAGGAAGUAUUAUUAAAGAGAUGUAGUUGUCCCAGAGUUAAUGAUCCCAGGUCAGUUUAUAUUAUACAGGAAGUAUUAUUAAAGAGAUGUAGUAGUCCCAGAGUUAAUGAUCCCAGGUCAGUUUAUAUUAUACAGGAAGUAUUAUUAAAGAGAUGGAGUAGUCCCAGAGUUAAUGAUCCCAGGUCAGUUUAUAUUAUACAGGAAGUAUUAUUAAAGAGAUGUAGUAGUCCCAGAGUUAAUGAUCCUAGGUCAGUUUAUAUUAUACAGGAAGUAUUAUUAAAGAGAUGGAGUAGUCCCAGAGUUAAUGAUCCCAGGUCAGUUUAUAUUAUACAGGAAGUAUUAUUAAAGAGAUGUAGUAGUCCCAGAGUUAAUGAUCCCAGGUCAGUUUAUAUUAUACAGGAAGUAUUAUUAAAGAGAUGUAGUAGUCCCAGAGUUAAUGAUCCCAGGUCAGUUUAUGCCAACCCCCAGUCAUCGCCACCUCACCUGCUCUUAAGAUAAACUUCGGUCCGACUGGGAGCCCAAGGCUGGUUCGGAGACACAACUAGAGAAACUAUUAUAUAAUUGUGAUGAACCGAGAGAAUAUUAGGGAAGCACUGUGAUUCAUUAAUCAUAUGCUGCCUUCCCUGCUCCUCUCUUCUUACCUCUUUGUCUUUUACACCUCUUUACACCUCUUCUUUCUUCCUCGGUUUUUAUAAUGAACACCAGAUGUGCAUUGAAGUACAGAUUGAACUUGUAUUUAUAAUAUAUUACAAUUAUAAUAUUUAUAAUGCAUGUAUUAUGUAUUUAUAACCCUUGGAUAAUGAACUUCUUUCAAUAAAGCGUUUCACAUUCUA